CCCACUAUCCUUCCAGUUUUUAAUUAUUUGCUGGACAGUUCUUAACCCAAUUUCAGUAGUUUCCGCUUCAAUCUUCUUAGAUGGUUUUCUCUGAUUGAUGCACUGAUGCAUACCAGUGAUUUAACCCAUUUCCACGACCACAAGAUGGGGUGAGAAUCUACUCAUCGUAUCAGUUGAGGUUAAAUAACUUGUUGCCAGCUUAAAGAUAAUCGCCCGUGCAGUAAUUAUCUAGUAGGAGGCUCACACCUAUUUGCUUAGUUAAGUCCAGGUGGCGACUUUUUUUUUUUUUUUUUGGCCAGGCUUUGUAGCUUGGCGUGAUGACGUUGCAAAUGUCACGUCAGGGCACGCACGUCCCAAAGACAUCACGGUCUCAGUCCGGGGUUUGCUGAUAUUUCUGAUUAAAUAUUCAGCAGCAUUUUACUACCGGUGGUGUUUACGUUUUUUUAUGUUGCGGGAGGAGGGUGCGGAAUGAUUUCUCUCCCUCCGCUUUCAUCCAGGUGAAAGGCGGCGGCGGCGGACUAAGCUCCUGCAGCUUGUCGAGCCCCAGCCCCACCCUCCGUUUGUUGUUGUUUGUAGUCUUUUUUUUUUUUUUUGUAGUCUUUCCCGUUCCCUCGUGCCGAGAGAGAGAGCUGGCUCGCCGCGCGCAUGCAGCAGAAUGGCUCGAGCGGCGGAUCCAGCGGUUCCAGCGGUUGUGACGGUGGCUGCAGCAGGGAGCGUCAGUCUCCGUCCUUCAGCCCGCUGCCCGCCGCUACCACACGAGUGAGGCGGUUCAUUCAGGAGAGACGGACGCUGCCUCUACCCAGAGUGAUGGUGGUAUUCUCGGCCGCGGGGGACACCGAGAAACCGGGCGAUGCCAUGUCCAGCUCGGACUCCGCGGAGGCAGAUUUCCGAAAGCCGGCCUCCCCCACACCGACCCUCGCCCUGAGCAAACCUCUCCGCUCCUCCCUUAACACCCAGGAGCAGGAGUUUCCAGAAGUCAUCUCUCUGAACGUCGGAGGCACAUACUUCACCACUCGUCUGUCCACGCUGCGGCGCUACGAGGACACCAUGUUGGCUGCCAUGUUCAGCGGCCGUCAUUACAUCCCACGCGAUGCAGAAGGGCGCUACUUCAUAGAUCGGGAUGGAGCUUAUUUUGGCGACAUCCUGAACUUCCUCCGAGAGGGCGAGCUUCCUCACAGGGAUCGAGUGAGAGCGGUGCACCGGGAGGCUCAGUACUACGCCAUCGGGCCGCUGCUGGACAGCCUGGAGGACAUUCAGCCGCUCACGGGGGAGAAAGUCAGACAAGCUUUCCUCGACCUGCUGCCCUACUACAGAGACAAUCUGGAGCGCAUAGUGGAGAUCGCCAAACUGAGAGCCAUGCAGAAAAAGGCCCGUUUCGCGAAGCUGAAGAUCUGCGUCUACAAGGAGGAGAUGCCCAUUACACCGUACGAGCGCCCCCUCUUUAACUCUCUGCGCUUCGAGCGCUCGGACAGCGAGGCCAAGCUCUUCGAGCACCACUGCGAGGUGGACGUGUCGUUCGGGCCGUGGGAGGCCGUGGCGGACGUCUACGACCUGCUGCACUGCAUCGUCAGCGACCUGGCCGAGCGCGGCAUCUCCGCCGAGCAGCAGUGCAUCGGCGUCUGCGACAAGCACCUGAUCAACCAUUACUACUGCAAGAGGCCCAUCUACGAGUUUAAGAUCACGUGGUGGUGAAGCCCCGGACCAAAAGGACGGAAGGAAGGAGGGAGGGAGGCUUCACUUUUACUAGAACUCGGCCGAUAUUGGUUUUUGUAUUGACGCUGCCAAUAUUUUGUGCUGAAGUCUUAAAAUGUGACCCUUUAAAAUCAUGCUGUAAGUAUUUUCUGUUUCUCCAAAUUACUUUUUUUUUUCUUCUUUAAAAGUUAAAAACACCAACAUGUUCCAGGGAAAUCCAGGCUAUUAAAAAAAACACUACUGCUCCUCUAAAGAGUGAUGCACUAACACCCCUUAAAGUCCCUGCUUCUGUCGCCCCACGGUGGGUAACGUUCACCUGGACGCAGGGACACAUCAGCGCUGGAUGCAGUUACAGGUGCAACACUAGUGCCAUUAAUCACAAAGAGGCGGUGAAGCUUUCAGGUUAGGUUGAUUCAAAGCUCCGUUGACUUUGCCUUCGUCCGUUCACGUAACUCUCUCAGCUCAGCAGUUUUGCUCUGUUGUUGUACUCGGGAGCCCACGGCGCACGGGAACCCACUACAGGUGACGACCGACGAAGAGUAAUGCUUCAGGUCUCAACUAUGCACGAGUGGAAGGCGGCGUCUGUCGCCGCUGACGUUUAACCGCUCUGUCAGGCACACAUGUACAAACGAAACGUAUGACUGUUGGUGCAGACGGAUUCUCACCCAGGCCGAGAUGCAAGUAGUUCAAAGGGCACAAAGGAGAGUAUUACGGUCCAACCAGGUUGAAGAACAGUUGUAGCUUAUAGACACACUUUUCAUUUAUAAGAGACGAAAUGCCGUUUUGUUACUUAGAUAGUCCUGUUUUAAGGAUGUAACCUCAACUAGAAGAGUGUGUUUUAGCCUUUUAAGUCGAUUUUGCUCCAUCUUGAGUGUAACUACAGUGACUUUGUAUCUGAUCCCCCGGCAGAACCGAGGCUGACUGGUUAUCCCGCGACCUUAUUUCUAAUUCAAAACCCAGCUUAUCCCAUCGCCCUGUUACAUCCUAAAUUUACUACGUGUGUUUAUUUAUUUAUUUAUCUGUUAGUCUAAUUUUUAGCUUCACCCUGAUUUGGAUUCACCGAGUUCACGUUUCACCACAUUUGCAGAGGCGACAUUUUAAGACAAGACCUUGUAGUAAAUAUUAAAUAUUUUAAGUAAGUGGACUAAGGUUAAACCCGUGUAAUAUUAGGAGUUAGUUUUGUUUCAGGAUUAACUGUGACAGAGUAUAUUUUCCAUAAGCGGCGUGUUUUUAAAGAUCGGGCGGUGUCCAGUUAGGCUGUGACAGUAGGUACCUCAGAUACAGGGGAUUAAAAGGAGCUAGUUUUGUUGCACAGUGAUGAAUAUUUGCAUUUGUCUGCAUUUGUCUUGAUGAGACAAAAUAGUAGUUGUUAUUUUUUCACCUACUGUACUUGAUAAAAGUCUGAGCACCUUGUGAUUGUAAUAAAAAAUAAUUUAUUUAUCUAAAGUGGCACCUCCAUGUUUAUCGACUAUAGAAAGCGACACUUAAUUUAUAUCAUUAUGUUGAUGUUCCUUUACCUGUAUAUGCAGCAGAGAUGCUACGUUCUUCCUCUGUUCUUGAUUUGAAGUUAUGUUUGCAUCGUUUAUAACGUUUUUAUAUUGUUGUUUAUGUUUGUGUUAGCUUCUAGGAAGCUCUAGUUCUAUAGCCGCCUUAAGUUUGUUGUAAAAAAACAAAACAAAAAAAGAGAGAGCGAGCAAUGUGACAUUUUUAUUAUUUAUGGUAAAAUUAAAACCGCUAAAUUAAAA